ACCGCCGUUUUCUGUUUUGUGAUCUUAAAAAACCCGUUCCUCUUCUCAUCUCUUCACUUCACUUCACCUCCGUUUAGGUUCGAUGUGCAGCUUUAAUUCACGAGUUAUUGUUGCAAAGAUUACUCUCAGAUCUCGCCGCUACCGUUUUCCUCGCGUUCAAUCUAUAUAUAUCAGCUUCUCCAGAGGACGAUUGCACCUUCAAAUCUUUGUCAGUUUAUCAUUUUCUAAACCCUAGAAAGUUUGUCAGAUAUGGCUUCCUCCGAUGUUGUUCUCGGUCACUCCACCUUCGAUGCUCUCCGACUGGGUAGAUCUGCCCAGAUGAUUGUUGGUCGUCUCCUCCGUUUCUGGGACUCGAAAAACAUCAAGAAGCAAGGUGAAUUCAUGGGCAUCACUCUCCUCUUCCUUGACGAGAAGAAUUCCGUCAUACAUGGAUUCAUUCCUGCUGGUCGCGCUCCUUUUUACCGUCCGUCCUUGCGAGCGGGUUCAGUUGUUAGAGUCUCCCGCUUUGAAGUUGCAAGAUGUACAAAUAUGUACAAAAUUACGGAUCACCCUUUUGUGAUCCGGUUCAUCCCCCAGACAACCAUUGCUGAAGUUAUCGAAAAUGCUCCUGUCAUCAACGUUGAGAAAUUCAUGCUGCGUUCGUUUGACCCCCUCCAAGCUCUCGCGAACACUAAUUUGGAACUUCCAGAUGUUGUUGGGCAAAUUCACAAAGAAAUUGAGAAAUCUGGCGCAACUCUCCACUGCAACCGAUGCUUUAAUUCCAAUAUCACCGGUGUUGUGAGGUACCGUGUAGAAUUAUUGGUUGAUGAUGGGAAUAAUUAUGCCAUUGUUGUCGUGUUAAACAAGGAGAUGCUCAAACUCACUAAGCAAGACGCAGCUAAUCUGCUUCUCAAUGAGGUUAUUUCAAAGCCACAAACACUUAUCAAAACUGUUGCAAUCACUCAGAUCUCAAUACAACUACAGGUCAAUAGUGGUGUCAAUGGGAAACUCCCUAAAUGCAUUGAGGAACUUGAAGGGCAGACAUUUAUUUUCCAUAUACGUGUCUCGCCCAGCAAUUCGGCUUCUUCCCGCUGCCCUUUCACAGUCUCUGCAAUCAGUGGGCAGAUUACCACAGAGGAUUUCAACAACAAUGAAACCCCAGAUACUGUAAGGAAAUUCGGCGAAGCAUCCACUUCCGAUUCUGCCAGCAACACGUCAACCGUUGAAGUCGAACAAGGUGGACGCAAAGACGCACUUGAGUGA